AUGAGAAUAUCGCGGAGGAAUCCGUGCUAUAGCUCUAGCGCUGAUAAACCCAUCGUUGGGGCUACCGCACCGCGACAACGGCCCACCUUCCAUCCUCCAAGUGGUCUCACUCCGGUCCAAAAGCUGGGGUUCGAAAAGGGAGCGCUUGCUGAGACGGUGAACGGGAAGCUCGAGGUCGUCCUAACCAAUUCUGUCCUUCAUCUGUGGGACUAUGGGACCCAGGUCAAGGUAGCUGCGCGACUUGUCCGGCUAUGUAAGGAGAAACCGGGGGUGAUGAUUGCCGGGCGGCAGAUGGGGGCGCGAUUGGCAGGACAUUACGCAUUGAAAGGGUUCAAGGAUGACCCAAUGCACUAUCGGCACAAUGUGGAGUCGAUCAAAGGAUUCUGGUAUGAUGUUGGGCAAGUCACUGGGACGCGGUGGCGGGUGGAGGCGGAGAUGUACUGGGGCGAGGAGUGGGAGAAGACGCGGAACGUGUCGUUUACUGAUGAAAAUGUGCGGAUGCUUUGGUUUUGCGCGGUGAGGGAGUGA